AUGUGGUUCAGAAGAGAUGAAAAAGAGAUCAUCGAUCACGACGAUAAAAACUCCCUUGGAGAAAAAGUUAUCACCAAGAGAACCAAUGAAGAACAUGACUUGUUUACUGAUACAAGUAGUAUCAACACCGAUAAGGCUUCUAGCGUAGAUGGUCCAGGUCACACAAAGAGAACAUUGUACAAUAGACAUUUGCAACUUAUAGCCAUUGGUGGUUCUAUUGGUACCGGUUUGUUUGUCACUAUUGGUACCACAGGGUUAGUUAAUGGUGGACCUUUAGGGUUAUUAUUAUCAUAUUGCAUUUCUACAUUGUUGAUUCUUUUGUUGACUACGGCUACUGGAGAAAUGGUGCUGUACAUGCCACUAGAUGCCCCAUUUUUAAAUAUGGCUGGUCGCGUCAUUGACCCUGCUUUUGAAGCUGCGGUUUCAGUCAAUUUUUGGAUUAUGCAAAGUCUUUAUAUUCCGUUUGAAAUUACUGCCGUCAAUGGUAUAAUUCAUUUCUGGCGUGAUGAUUACUCGCCUGCCAUCACUUUUGUUAUUCAAAUUGCCAUUUAUGCAGCCAUCAAUUUGUACGCAGUCCGCGUGUUUGGUGAAUGCGAGUUUUGGUUUUCGUUGGCAAAGUUGGCGCUUUGCAUUGGGUUGGUAUUUUUCACAUUGGUUACCAUGUGUGGUGGAAACCCUCAGCAUGAUGCUUUUGGUUUUAGAAAUUGGCAUGUUGCUGGUGGUCCCAUUGGAAUGAAAUAUGCAACUGGGAAUUUAGGUAGGUUCCAAGGUUUCUUGGCCUCACUCAGAUUGUCAAGUUCAUUUACUUGUGUUGGUAGUGAAUACUUGAGUAUGACUGCUGGUGAAUGCGUGAAUCCCAGAAUCAAUAUGCCCAUUGCUUUUAGGACUGUGUUGUACCGUUUGGUGGCAUUUUACAUUGGCGGUGCGUUAUCGGUUUCAAUCUUGAUUGCCUACAACGAUCCCAAAUAUGUCGCAUUAACGUCAGACACUUCAAGUGCUGCUUCUUCGCCAUACGUUGUUGCGAUGCAAAAUUUGGGAAUUCAGGUGCUACCACACAUAGUCAAUGGGGUUGUACUAACGUCGGCUUUCUCAGCUGGUUGCUCAUACACAUACACUUCUUCGAGAUGUUUGUACAAUUUGGCCAAGAAGGGAUUUGUGCCAAGAUUUUUCAAAAUCUGUACUAAAAGAGGUAUUCCUAUUUACUGUGUCUUUGUUUCCUGCUGUUUCGCCUUAUUGUCAUUGUUACAGCUUGGAAAGUCGGGAAGUAAGGCGUUGAACUAUAUGGUCAAUUUGUGUACGGGUUCCCAAGUUCUUAAUUAUGGAUUCAUGGGCAUUAUUUACAUUGGAUUUUACCACGCGGUGAAAGCACAAGGAAUCGACCGUUCAAAAUUCACCUACAGAUCGUGGUUUCAACCAUAUUCCAUUUAUUUCACUACGUUUAUGUAUUGGUGCAUUAUUGGAAUCUUGGGUUACCAAGUAUUUAUGCCCGGUAUGUGGACAGUUGAUGAUUUCUUGUUCAGUUACGUUAUGAUCUUUGUUUCGUUGGCUGUCUUCAUUGUCUGGAAAGUAAUAAAGAAGACCAAAUUUAUUAAGCCUAUUGAUGCUGAUUUGACAACCGGUCUUGACGAAAUUGAGGCCCAUGAAGCUGAGUACCACUCACAGUUGGAAGAAAGCAGUCAGGACGAAAAGAAGAGUAGGUGGAAAGGGUACUUGAAUUGGGUAUUCUAA